AUGAGUUCAAUUGGAACUGGUUAUGAUUUAUCGGCAUCUCAGUUUUCGCCUGAUGGUCGAGUAUUUCAAGUUGAAUAUGCUUUCAAAGCAGUUGAAAAUAGUGGAACUGCCAUAGCUUUACGUGGUUCUGAUGGUGUCGUUUUUGCUGUGGAGAAGUUGGUCACGUCAAAACUUCAUGAAGAUAGUACAGGAAAACGAUUGUUUAGUGUGGAAAAUCAUAUUGGAAUGGCUGUUGGCGGAUUGAAUGCUGAUUCCGGUGCAAUAUUAGAUGUCGCACGUGAGGAAGCGAGGUCAUACCGUCAGAAUUUCUGUAUGCCCAUUCCAUUGAAAUAUUUAAAUGAACGAGUAUCGAUGUACAUUCAUGCUCAUACAUUGUACAGUGCUAUUAGGCCAUUUGGAUGUGCUGUUAUUAUUGGCUCUUACGAUCCUAAGGAAGGUCCUCAAAUGUAUAUGAUUGAUCCAGCUGGAGUAUCAUUUGGAUAUUUUGGAUGUGCCAUUGGUAAAGCUAAACAAGCUGCCAAAACUGAAAUAGAAAAGUUGAAUAUGAAGACAAUGAAAUGUAAAGCAUUGAUUAAAGAAGCUGCUAAGAUAAUUUACAUGGUGCAUGAUGAGUUGAAAGAUAAACAGUUUGAACUUGAACUUAGCUGGGUUGGUAGCCAUACUAAUGGAAAACAUGAAGAAGUUUCAAAAGAAGUAUUUGAUGAUGCAUUGAAAUAUGCUAAGGAAUCUCUGGAUGAUGAUUCUGGUUCAGAUGGAGAGUAA